GAUUCGUCGAUAUUUUAGCUAGUUGGAUGCGGCGCCAAGGCCACGACUCAGUGGUCACAACCAACAAACCGUUGGACUUCGGAGGCUCAGUAACCGUCGAGCGUUUACCGACGAAGGAAUCCAGCCUGCGGUCUGUCCUUAUCUCUGCGAACCGACCGGACGUGGGUUAAACAACGAUGAACGGACUAUGGUGGCGGUGUCUUUCGCUCUGCAUAUUCAUCGGCACGAGCAAAGGGGCGCCGGCCUCGCAGCCAAAUUCCGAUGACAAUUACUGGACACAACGAAGUCGAAUCCUGAUCGAGGAGUCUCAGGUGUCGCUGGGCGGGCGGUUGCAUUUCGAGCACGGGGAGCGAGCGGCGAACAACAUCCUAAUGGCGGCUAAGGAGGAGGAAGUCGACCAAGGCUUCAUUGACCCGAGCACCUUCUUGCCGGCUCGGAACUUUCUCACAGUUGUCGACGAGGUUCGCGGCUCCUCGACCUUCCAGAUCAUCGAGAAGAUGCCGAAGGGCGCCGCGCUCCACGUUCACGAUACGGCGCUCACCUCGGCCGACUUCGUCUUUGAGAACAUCACCUUCCGCGAGGAUCUCUACGUUUGUCGACCCGAUGACGGUUCGUUCCAGUUCAGGUUCCGCCGUCCGGCGGACAAGAAUGUUACGUGCGGUUCUUCCGAAGGGUGGGAGCUGCUCGCAGACCUCAGAGCGAACAGCAGCGUAAAAGAUGAGGUGGACACUCGCGUUCGUCAGGUCAUGACCAUGAUAGUCCCCGACCCUGCUAAAGCCUACCCAAACGUCAACGUCGCCUGGAUCGCGUUUCAAAAUAUCUUCAUUACCAUCGAAGGAAUGCUCACGUACUUGCCGGUUUACGAGGACUACUACUAUCAAGGACUUACCGAGCUUUAUGAUGACAAUGUCCUGUAUCUCGAGCUGCGCACUACACUUCCCACUCUCUAUGACCUUGAUGGGAACCAAUAUGGCCCUGUCGAGGUUGCUCGUCUGUAUAAGAGGACGACCGAACGGUUCGUCAAAGAUCAUCCAGACUUCAUCGGUGCUAGACUAAUUUAUGCCCCUCUGAGAAAAGCGAAUGAGGCACAGUUGGAUGAAUAUCUCGUCACCUUUGCUGCUCUUCGGAAAGAAUUUCCCGAUUUCGUGGUAGGAUUCGACCUUGUCGGCCAGGAGGAGAAGGGUGAAACGCUUGCCCGAUUCGUUGAUAAGCUUAGAGCUGUCUCUCCGAGCAUCCGACUCUUCCUCCACGCCGGCGAGACCAAUUGGAACGGUCUGAGCACUGAUGAAAACCUGAUAGACGCUGUCCUCCUCAACGCAACAAGAAUCGGUCACGGAUAUGCAUUGCUGAAGCACCCGAAGGUCUUAGAGCUGGCAGUGGAACGUCAAGUUGCAAUCGAAGUGAAUCCGAUCUCAAACCAGGUUCUCACGCUGCUUGGAGAUAUGCGGAAUCAUCCGGCGAGCCUUUUGUUCGCUCGAGAUUAUCCCGUCGUUCUGUCUGCAGACGAUCCCGGACUUUGGGGCGCCCGCGGUCUCAGCUACGACUUCUACGAGGCAUUCGUGGGCAUAAUGUCACGCUCCGCUGAUAUUCGGGCGCUGAAGCAGCUUGCCUUAAAUUCUAUAAAAUACAGCGCGAUGCCAGACGAAGAGAAGGUCCGCGCUUACAGACUAUGGACGGAAAAAUGGGCCAAAUUCAUUACGGACAUGACGUAUGAAUACUCGAUUGUAUCGCGUUCAAAGAAGAGCUGCAAAGCUGACUUCAUUCCCACGUGAUUCGCAAAUAUUAACAACUUCGAUGGGGGGGCGCAGGGGAAGGGAGGCAUCAAGUAUUAUAUCUUCGAUAGUUUGUCUAAGCUACCUAGCUCGACUGAAACAAACCGAAAGACUGAUUAAAGGGUAACUUUUUCUACACGAGCACUGAGAGAAAACAAAUUUUGCGAUGUUGGUGAUCGUUUU